AUGUGUAUCUAUACAUACCUGUUUCGCGUAUUUAAUUAUUUUUGCGUCGCGAGGGGUUUUGGGUACAGCCGGAGGAGUUGGACAUUUGGACGAGGUGUUGGUGGAGGAAUUGGUGGAGGAAUUGGUGGUGGAGUUGGAGGUGACAGUGGAGGAAUUGAAGGUGGAGUCGGUGGAGGCUUAGGCGUUAGUAUAGGUGGCAGAUUUGGUUGUGGUGGAGGUGGUGGUGGUGGUGGUACGGCGGUGGAGAGAGAUGUUGGUGGCGGUGAUGUGAAAUAUCCUGAUUCCCCUAUUUUGCAGCAAGAGGGAGACGAAGAAGAUGAUGGGUGGAAGUUGUGA